UUGCUGUCAAUAUGGGUGUUUAUGCAAGCGUUUUUCAUAAAAGUAGUGGUCAAAUCCUCAUCGAUUCCACAGAUCCAUCCCAAGCAAACUGGAUUACAGCCCAUUCAGAUGCUUGCAAAAUGCCAGUUCCUGAAGUGCAGAGGUGCUGGGAUCGCUUCCUGCUGCUGCAGCCAGAUAAGAAUGGAAAUGUUCAUCGCCACAGGUUUAUAAAGGAUGAUAUUUUCAAUAGACAGCUGGUGCAGCAGAUACCUGUCACAGAGGAUGGCCAAGUGACUUUCCAGACAUACUGCAGUGCUGUGUACUGGCUCUCCAACUCCAGCAUCGAGACAAAGCUGGGAGGGUUGUAUCAGACAUUAGCCUGUAGCUCCCUGAACAAGGAAUCUCUAGAGCAUCUUCUACAAGCUCUUUACCCAAAGGAAGGUCGUGAAGGAGUGAGCCAGCUUUCCAGCUUGCUAAUGUGGGAAAUUGACUUGAAAAACCAAGGGUUUAUUGAUGAAGACCAGUUUAUUACAUGGAUGAAAAAACUCCCACAAGGACCCUUGACAGCUUUACUGGACUUCUCAGUGAUACCACAUGAACUCACAGCAGCAAGUGCACCACAAAUUCACCAGAGAGACUUGACUACAGCUCAAGACUCCAGAAAGGUAACAGAUAACCAACUUCUUAAAAUUGCUGUGGAGAUGUCUAGGCAGAGAAGAGACUGGAAACUGUUGGCCAAUAGCCUUGGUUUCUUGGAGACCGACAGUCAAACAUUUGAGAGAAAACAUUUAGAAGUACAGAGCCAGGUCAUGGAGAUGCUACGGAUGUGGCGAAGCAGAGCAGGCCAGCAGGAUCCAGUGCACGUACUGCAGACUGCUCUGAGAGACAGCGGGAACACGGACAUCAACAAUGAAGUCUUCCAUCUCAGCUUUUAAUAACGUAAUGGCUCAUUUAAAAAAAGGAGGUUGAUUGCAUAGAGCCCCAGUGAGUUUAAAUAGCAUUUCAUUAUCCUUGGCAGGGGGUGGGGGAUUACAGUGCACUUACACAGUGUAUCUGUUAACAGGACAGAAGACAGGUAAUGAUCUGAUCAAAAAUAAUAAAUAAAAACAAACUAUUAAACAUUAACAUGUUUCAAGCUUUGUUGAAUGCUGUUAGUGUUUAUAUGUCCCAUAGCUUGUUUAUUGGGAAAGGUCUUGUUAUACUAAUUGCAUCCUCCUUUAAGUGCUGUAAAAACAGGACACCCCAAAUAGCUGCUUGGAUCUCAGUAACUGAGAAAAGAUUAAUUGCAGUUUUUACUCAUACAUAGAUACUGUAAAACCUCAUUGAAUCUACAAUUGAGAAUAGAAGCAACAUAAUCCUUUACCAUAAAUACUUUGUCAAGAAAAUGAAUAAGCCAUCCUACUGAAAGCCAUACGUCCAGCACGUUCACGGUGUUACACAACACCUCCAAUGUGAACAUUUAAAUCUUGUGUCAAUGUUUGUUUACUGUUUAACUAUCAUUAAGUAUGUAUUGUCAUGUUUGUAUUUCAAAUUUUGCAUUUUCAUACAGUAUUAAAUUGCAGUGACUUAGAAAAAUAUGUAGUUUAGGAUUUUGUUUUUUAACAUUUAUACCUUUACAGCCAUACUCAAGGAACAUUUGGGGAAAUGUUUACAAUUCGGAGAUUUAAAAAAAAAAAAAAUUCUCAUUUUACCUUAUUUCUAAAACUAAGACACCUAAGAAAUC